GGAUCUCCUCCACUCUCUCAGGUCAGACCUCCUCUUGAGAUCCCACAAAACAAGAACAACAUAAACAACAAGGAUCGAGAUCAAUGGGGAGAGCUCCUUGCUGUGAGAAAAUGGGGCUGAAGAGAGGCCCUUGGUCUCCUGAAGAAGAUCGAAUUCUGACCAACUUUGUUCAAGAUCAUGGCCAUUCCAAUUGGCGAGCUCUUCCUAAACAAGCUGGUCUUUUAAGAUGUGGGAAAAGUUGUAGACUUCGGUGGACGAACUAUUUGAGACCUGAUAUUAAGAGAGGCAACUUCACGAAAGAAGAAGAAGACGUCAUUAUUAACCUUCAUGAAUUGCUUGGCAAUAGAUGGUCGACAAUAGCAGCCAAGUUGCCCGGUCGAACAGACAAUGAAAUCAAGAACGUUUGGCAUACCCACUUGAAGAAAAGGCUGCAAAAACCCAUCAAAACACCUCCCAAAUCCAAAAACAAAACAAAAAAGCAAACAAAAUCAAAAAGUUCUUCAAAUUAUUCUUCACCAAUGGCUAUCACAAAUCAAACCCAUUUGCCCAUUUGUUCUUCAUCAAUGUCCCCUUCACAACAAUCUUCAACCUCUGAGAUCUGUUCCUCACUCACCACAGAUGCUUCCAUGGCUGAAAAUGAGUACUACAGCUACACAGCGGACGACACAGCUGCUCCACCGCUGAUUGACGAGAGCUUUUGGUCGGAUGCGGCCGAGAAUUAUAAUUCCAAUUCCGAUUCGAGUUCGAGUUAUUAUAACGAAGAGAAUAAGGAUAUGGAGUUUUGGUACAAUGUGUUCGUCAAAGCUGGAGGAAUCCCAGGAUUGCCUGAGUUUUAAGUUCUCUCAAAAUCCAACGAAAUUGCAGAGAAUUGAGUCAAGGAGGGGCAUUUUUGAAAUAUGGAUGAAAUAUUGAGGGGGAAAUGAAUGAAACAGCAAAUUUGAAGGGCUUGACAGAAAUUUGGAGAUG